UGGUUGUUUCUUAUUUCGGAUCUGCCGUUGCGACAUUCACUAUAAUUUACAUAAUCGCAUUUUCACGAUCGGAACCCCCGACAGCACUACUCCCCAAGCCAAAGAAGCAUACGCAAUCCCAUCAAUCUCCGCAUCGCAUCGCAUUGCACCGGAUAAGACAACCGCAACCGCACGUGAGCGCUCCAGCUCUGCCAGAAACCCAGAAACCUAGUAUCCAAAUUUGCUCGGUCCUCAAACUCCAAGAUGUCUUCCUCAAUCGAGUACUUCCCCCUCCCCAACUUCACCUUCGAAGACGGCACCACCCUCCCCCACGCACGCCUCGCCUACCAAGUCUUCAACCCCUCCGGCGCCAAAACCGCCGUGAUCCCGACCUGUUUCCGGGGGCGCAUCUCCACCACUCUGAACUUCAUCGGCACCGGCGCGCUGCAGUCCUACCGGGUGAUCGUCAUCGCGCUCUUCGGCAACGGCGAGUCCUCCAGCCCGUCCAACACCGCCGGCGCCUUCCCCGCCACGAUCAAUUAUCGCGAUUGCGUGCGCGCGCAGCACCUGCUGCUGACGCAGGGGCUGGGCGUUGAGCAUGUCGACGUGAUGCUCGGCUUCUCGAUGGGCGGGCAGUGCACGUACCACUGGCUCGCGCAGCAGCCGGGCUUCGUGCGGCGCGCCGUCGUCAUGUGCUCCGCGGCGCGGACCAGCCGGCACAACUUCCAGUUCCUCGAGGGCCCCAAGGCCGCGCUGGAGAACUCGGCGGACUACGACGCGGCGGCUUCCAAGCGCCGGGAGGCUGCCGGGAAGCUGGAGGCGCCGAAGGGGCUGCGCGGGUUCGGCAAAGCGUACUCGGCGUGGCUGACGAGCGUCGCCUGGUUCGAGGACGAGCGCUACCGAGACCUGGGGUUUGAGACGCUGAGCGACUGGGACAAGGCCGUGACAGACGUUAAUUACCGCGACUGGGACCCCGAGGACCUGCUGGUGAUGCUGGGGAUGUGGCAGCGGGGGGACAUCUCGCGGCUAGAUGCCGAACAGGCGGGGUCGCUGGAAGAGGCGUUGAAGGCGAUCAAGGUCCCGGUGCUGCUUAUGCCGUGCCAGACGGACCAGUACUUCCACUGGAGCGCGAGUGAGAGGGAGGCGAGCGCGCUGCCGGAUGCGAGGUGCAAGGUUAUCCCGUCGGUUUGGGGACACUUGGCGGGGUCGGGGAGUAGUCGGGGUGAUAAUGAGUGGAUGGAUGGUCAAAUAAGGGAGUUUUUGCAGGAGCCUUAGGUAGAUAGGUAGAGGAGUUCUAUAUAGUCACAUAGCAAUUAUAAUGAUCUCUCUUAUACAACAGUC